CUUUUGUUUCUCUCACGUUGGGGCUACUUGUUUUAGGGCGCAAAGGAACGGCUUCGAAAGGGGGUAUUUCCCCUGCCGAGAACCGGGAAUCUUACCCCGGCCCGCGCACGCGACCCGCCGGUGCGCCUCGGCCCGCGGACAAUCCUUCAUACACAGACUUGGAAUCUUCCCUUUUUUUACUCCAUUCAAUCAACUUAGCAGGGUUUCAAGAGCAGCAUUUAUAAAUUUCCAGAAUGGAGAUCUCCUCUCAUCAGUCUCACCUCCUGCAACAACUGAAUGAGCAGCGCAGGCAGGAUGUAUUUUGUGACUGCAGUAUUCUGGUUGAAGGAAAGGUCUUUAAAGCCCAUCGAAAUGUAUUAUUUGCUAGUAGCGGCUACUUUAAAAUGCUUCUUUCCCAGAACUCCAAGGAGACAAGUCAGCCAACCACAGCGACAUUUCAGGCUUUCUCCCCUGACACUUUUACAGUUAUCCUGGACUUUGUCUAUUCCGGCAAGCUCUCUCUCACAGGUCAGAAUGUCAUAGAAGUGAUGUCCGCUGCUAGCUUCCUUCAGAUGACUGAUGUCAUUAGUGUAUGUAAGACCUUUAUUAAAUCUUCAUUAGACAUUAGUGAAAAAGAAAAGGAUCGCUAUUUCAGCCUUUCGGAUAAAAAUGCCAGCUGUGAUGGUAUAGAACGCUCCUCUUUUUAUAGCGGCGGCUGGCAAGAUGAAAGCAGUUCUCCACAUUCUCACCUAAGCCCAGAUCAAGGAACAGGUAUAAGUGGGAAAUCUUGGAGUAAAUAUAAUUACCAUCCAGCCUCCCAAAGGAAUACUCAACAGCCUCUGGCCAAGCAUGAACAAAGGAAAGAUUCCAUUAAAAAAUCCAAACAUUUGAGGUUGUCACAGCCUUCUGAAAUGGCUCAUUAUAAGUCAAGCAAACGAGAAGCACGAACAUCUGAUUCUUCCAGCCACAUUUCGCAAUCUGAAGAACAGGCACAAAUGGAUGCGGAAAUGGACUCUACUCCUGUUGGCUAUCAGUAUGGUCAAGGAUCUGAUGUCACAUCAAGAAGUUUUCCAGAUGACCUGCCCAGGAUGAGGUUCAAGUGCCCAUACUGCACACAUGUGGUAAAGCGGAAGGCAGACCUCAAGCGCCACCUUCGUUGUCACACAGGAGAAAGGCCCUAUCCCUGUCAAGCUUGUGGGAAAAGAUUUAGCCGGCUAGACCAUCUAAGUAGCCAUUUUCGAACAAUUCACCAGGCAUGCAAACUCAUCUGCAGAAAAUGCAAACGCCAUGUGACUGAUCUAACAGGUCAAGUGGUACAGGAAGGAACCAGGCGCUACAGACUCUGUAAUGAGUGCCUUGCUGAAGUUGGCAUAGACAGCCUCCCCAUUGAUUUGGAAGCUGAACAGCAUCUUAUGUCCCCAUCAGAUGGAGAUAAGGAUUCCAGAUGGCACUUGGGUGAAGAUGAGAAUAGAUCAUACGUGGAGAUUGUAGAGGAUGGGUCUGCUGAUCUGGUCAUACAACAGGUUGAUGAUAGUGAAGAAGAAGAAAAGGAAAUAAAGCCCAACAUCAGGUAGCUGGGAUGUGAACCAACAGAUCUGGCAUGUCUGCAACUUACAUUGACUUCCCAUAACUCUCUCUUUCCAUGGUCAGAGUCUGGUUAACAAAUUAUCAGACUGACUUGAAAGUAAUGACCUGAUAUCACUUGCAUGCUUUCUGAACAGGCCAUUGUAUCCAUUCUGAACUUUGUUGCCCUAAAAUCUGUUGCUGCACUGGAAAGAAAGACCUAGCUUGAGUUGGCAUGAUGGAUGAACAAUUAAUCUUCUUACUUUUAUUACAGAGAUACCUUUUUUUUUAAUAUUGGAAGAUCUACUUAGUGAACUUUUUUCAAAGAAAAUAUUUUAAAUAAAUUCACCACAACCAAACUGUAUAUAAGAUAAUUUCAAGGUGUUUCAAAAACAUAUAAACUACCACUAUUGAAUUUUCACAGGGAACGAGGUAAGACCACAUUUAAGGGUCUGGCACCCUACCUGACUAAACUAAUUAGUCUAUUACCUUCAGACCGAAAAUGACCUAUCAUUAUUCCAAUAUCCUAAAUGUUUUAGAAUUACAGCAGAAAACAAACCUAAACUGUUUGAAAUCGUUCAUAUUUGAAACUUUUGUCAUUAAGUUAAAAAUUACUCUUAUGUAGUCAGUGUUUAAAAAGAACAAACUCUAAAAUAGAAGCUGACCAGAGAUUAUAUACAGACAUCAUUUUCUUAAAGCAGGAAACUAAUACUGUCAAGGUAGUUUUUUGAGGAUCUGUCUAUAUAGCUCUCUUCCUCUCUAGAGAAAAAAAGAAAACUGGAGGUUCUUACCAGUUCUUAAGAUUAAUUUCCUCCAUUUAUAUACUGCUAUAUUACUUAUAAAGUGCUCUUUCACACAUCUCCUCACCUAAUCAGCAAGGUAAAUAGUAUUGUCUCUGAUUUACAAAUGAGGAAAUUAAGGUCAGAAAGUUUAAGUCGUGGGACUGGUGACUAGACAGGUUUUGAUUUUAAACAGUCCUCUUUCAACUGUCUCUCCCUGGAUAGUCCCCUGAAAUGGUGAAGAAGUGAAGUCAAACCCCACCAAUCUGCAAUAAUUAUAAAAAGAAGCCUAUGAGAAUUAGAAAGUAUGAAAGAAGAGGAAUUUAAUCAUCUUCAACAACAUAUAAUAUCUUGAACUAGAGUUAUUCAAGUAGUGCUAAGUAAUGUCCCUAUAGUACCUAUUGACAUGUUUUUAUGUUAUUUAUAUAUAAAUUUUAUAUAUAAAACUAUUUGAACACAUUAUUCUCCUAAGUUCUUUAAGCAGUUUAUAUAUAAUUCUUCAAAACAAACUUUUCUACUAGGAUACAAAGUUAAGUUUUAACUCCUCCCCUAUAUGAAUUAUGAAACAUUCCAAAAUUACAGUCAAAUUGGAGAUGCAUUAUUUUAGUUGUAAAGAUAAAAUCUAAAUACUAGAAGUAAAGAACUGUUCAUAAAGGUCUUGGCAAGUUAUCCCAAUUAAGCUUGUUUUAAUUUAAUUUUGAUAGAGGCUCCGUGUAUUAUACUGUAUUUUUAACUGCCAUGACAUACCUCAAGAUACUUUUUAUGUUAUUUUCUCUUAUUCUUUAAUUAAUGAUUGUCCUUAAUACCAAUUUGUGGGCCAAAAUGGUUAAUUUCUUUAAGUUUUUUUUAUAAAUAGAUGAAUAACCACUUUGUUUUAUGGUACCUAAUUCUGAGAUUUUUUUUAAGAUUCCCCUGAUGGUAAAUUUCCAAUUGCUUCAAGACCGGAUAGUGUGCAUUGAGUUCCUUGUCUCCCAACAUGACCAUUCCUGAGUCAGGAGUCUUAACAAUUACAUUGUUCCAAAUGAGGGAGGGAACACUUGUCAUUCUUCAGUCUCACCAGAGGAUGAUAACAUCUUUCAAAAUUGUAAUCUGAUUUUUAAUCAUUGGAACCAAUAGGAAAAAUGACUGACUUGAGCUUUAUUUAUAGAAAUGAAGUUGUGCUUGCAUGUGUAUACUCUAACGCACUUUAGUCUAUGAUCUAAAUGUUCUUUGAUGCUACUAUAUUCUGCAUGCAAACAUCAGCAUGAUUGUCAGCAAGGUCCACUGAACACAGUGCCACCAGCACUUGUAGAGCCUUAUCAGAAAUAAUGCUUUCUCAUAAUUGUUUAUAACAAGCAUCAAGCAAUCCCCACAAAACAGCUAUCAAAUUCACCAAACUAGACAGUGCAUCUGUUCUAUCAUUUUAGUAUCAUAAAAGAACAUUCGUGACAUGUUUGUAAGUUGUAAAUAAUAACUCCAGUAUCAUAUCAUAUUUAUCUAAGACUUUAGAGACCAAUUCUUUUCUAGAGUGAAACUGUCUAUUAAUGGUUUCUAAGAAAACUGAAUUCUUUGGCUCUUAAAUGUGGGAAAAUAUUACAUAGGGGUAUAAUCUGUUAAUAUAAGCUUUAUUUAUGCCAAGAUUUUUUUUUUUUAAUGUUAGGAAAAUAAUGGAAGUUGGUUAGACCAAAGUUUGCUCUUACAAGAAUGCUGUUUUAUCAGCUUCUGAACACCCUUUUAAGUCUAUGGUCCUCAAGAUCCGGUUGAUAGGAUGAAGUUUUGCAAAAUAAAGCACCACUGAGUCGUGCCUACUGUCUGGAGGAAGCAAAAUUGACUAGGCCAGUGGUUUAAAAGAUUUUUUUUUACCCAAGAAACCCCUUCUUCAAAUGAAUUGUUUCAUAGAGAAGUUCAACAUUUAAGGAAACUCUAAAGGACAGAGCUGCUCUGGUUUAAGCUCCCUACAAACCUUUCCCCAGACACUCUGCAGAGCUCAGGAGUCCAGCACUGAAAACCUUGGGCUGGAUCACUUUUUGAAUUCCCUUUGAGCAUUACAGUCUCACUUCAUUACUCCUGUUACUCCUUGCACUUAUAAACUGGUAACCAUAGAGCAGCAAAUCACAUCUUUACAAGGCUCCUUCUAUAGUUAUCAUAUAUCUUAAGACCUUUUUAAGAACAAAUUUUUCAAUAUUGUAUGUCUGAGUGAUGAAAUCAAACACAGUUACUGCUUUUAUGUGGCCAAGUUACUGCUUAAUGGAUGAAAAGUUCAGUGUUUCAGUUACUUAUGAGCUCAGAACUCAAUUCGUUAAAAGUUAUUUUGCUGAGUCAUGCUAAGAUAUAUUGAAAUUUCCACUCAUAUUGGUUAUAUAUGUUUGGAGUCCUAAAAUUAAUACUAUGGAAACAUCACUAAAAACAGUACAGCAUAAGAUAUGUUUAACUGGGAAGGGUGAUAACAGUAGAUACUGGAGGACCAAACUUUAGAUUAUAAAUGGAAAGUUCUAAGUUAUUUUAUAUUAGAGUGGAUCAGUAUUACUAUUUAUCAUUUAUAUAGCAUUUUAUAUAUGCAAAGUAUUUAAUAAUUUUUAUGUUAUUCUUUACAUAUCUAUGAAAUAGGACAUUUAUCACAUGAAAGGUAAAGAAAUUGAGGCACAGAACAGUAAAGCAACCUGCCUAAGACAACCCAGUGAAACAGUGGCAAAAAUAGGAAUUAGAAUGAUCAGAUUUUCUGAAUCCUAGAAUAUCAGCUUAAAUCACUGAGGUGUGUUGUGUAUUACUCUAUUUUAUGAGUUUAUGCAAAUAACAGUCAAUUGUUUUAAAGCUUACAUCAUUGUAUGUGGAUAAAUCCUAUACAGAAUAAAUAUUAUGUAAAGGAUGUGACUUUGGUUACAAGUUUCAAUGAUAAAAAUUCAGGUUGUCACACAAGUGGCAUUAUUUAGCCAAUUUUAUAUAUUGUGAAGUAUAAUUUAAUUAAUAUUUUAUUUUGAUACAGGAGUUUCUCAACUAUUCAUGCCAAUUGAGCCAUGAAUAGACCAGAAAAAUGAAAUCCACAGAGAAUCUAUAAACUUCAUUUUCUAACUUGUCAGCCUUCUCCCUAAAGUACCUGUGUUAAUGCCAAUGAAAAGUGAACUAUGUUAAUAAGCCACACACAGGAGAAGCCAGGGGACUCAAUUUUUUUUUUUUUUUUUUUGGCUGCACUGGGUCUUCGUUGUGGCGUGUGGGCUUCUCUCUAGUUGCAGUGCGUGGGCUCUCUAGUUGUGGCGCGCCAGCUCAGUAGUUGCUUAGUUGCCCCACGGACUGUGGGAUCUUAGUUCCCCGACCAGGCAUCAACCCCGUGUACUAUGCAUUGGAUGGCAGAUUCUUAACCACUGGACCACCAGGGAAGUCCCGGGACUCUUAACUUUUAAAUGCAAAAUAUUUUGAAAUGUUCUACUUAAAAGCAUGAUAAACACUUUUCCCUGCCUCUUUUUAUUUUCUUCACACCAGCAAAAGCCAUUGGAUACUUCAUCAUCUUUAGAUAGGAAACCAGUGACCAGGGCAAUGCCAGUCAUCUCUUUACCUUUGGGCUUGAUUAGAUCAUUUGCAAACAUUAUUAAAGACAACUUGUAAAGUAUAUCUAAGAACUGAUAAUACUUUCCUUCACUCUUUCGGAUUUCUAGAUACACAGAUCCAUUAUAUAGUUUCUUGAUUUCCCCAUUGGGAAAAAUCUUUUAAUUCCUUGUUGAUAUUAUUUACAACUACUUAAUUCUUUUAUUGAGUAACUUAUUUUAUUCAGCCUAUAAGGGAAAAAAAUGGAACAUUUUUACCUAGAUAGUAGUUCUCAACCUUGGCUGCACUUGAGAAUCACUUGUGGAAAUUUUAAAAAUACAGAUGCCUAAGUAAAGCAGAAUCUCUGGCAGAUGGGGCCUGGAUACAUUUUUUUUUAAUCUUUCCAGUGUUUUUUAUGUGCAAAAUAGGUCCCCUAGUCAAGGUUCCCCUCUGUUCUCCCCAGAUAGAUAGAUGCUAAAGUUGGGCAGUGGAACCAUUUCACCUUCCAGUCCACUGGUUCGCAACCCUAUCAUUAAGGAAAAAAAAUUAAAAUAUGGUUGCCCAGUCCAAGAAAAUAUUAUUUUUUGUGAAAUUUUAAGAUAUUGUGUAUGUCCCCUCAUCUAAAGUUUUUAUUAGGGUCAAACAGUAUGGACACUAAAUUAAAAUAGCCCAUUUUUACUUUGAGAUGUAUUUGCAUUUUU